AUGAGAUAUAGACUUUUCCCUCCUUUAACUUUUUUAAGUUUUUUAAGAAAACUUCAUGUAUAUUAUUCUCCAGCAAGAAACGAAAAAACAGAUGUUGCAAGAAGGUUAAUUAUUUUUGCUUCUUCGCAAAAAAUAAAACAGAGAUACCCCUUAUUAACUGUAACAUGGGAAUUAUUAGCAUAUGAAAAUCCCCCUAUGAUAGAAGUUGAAUAUUUAAAUGGAGAAAAAGAAAAAAUAAAUAUAGAAUAUUUCAGUGAUAGACAAAAAAAAGAAAUUAUAAAUAAAUGGAAAUAUACAGCAUCAUUAGACCCUUUUCCUGAAGUCUUAGCACCUACUAUUGAAAAAGCAAAUAAGGAUUUUUAG